AAGGCUAUCGGGCGGCCGAGCGUUUAAAUCUCCUGUGGCUUCUCUGAGAGGGGGCUGGGGUGAUUCCGGUUGCAGAAAGACGCUGCCUUCGAGUCGCGAAAGGAAACCGUGAAAUGGGCACCACGGAGGAGAGAGAAUGGGUCGCUGUUGCCAAUGAUCUUCUGACAAAAUGUAACAUAGAGCUACAUGUUAAUAAUCUCUCUGACUGUGGAGCUACAGUGUUUAUUCGGCUCUAUGAGUCCAUACUGGGGGAGAAAGUUCCAGAUCUCAUAGCCAUGCCUACUUGUCAGGAAGAUGAUGCACAUAAUGUUCAGGCAAUAAUAGAUUCUUUGGCAUUGGACUACUUGCAGGUCAGCUUAUCCCAUAUAACUGGAGAGAACAUUGUGAAAGGCAAUAAGGAGCCCAUUAGAAAUCUCUUGGAAGUAAUGGAUGGCUUGCUUGAGUACCUUACAGAAGAAAUCAACAGUACUGCUUCUCAUGAUUGUGAUGCUCUUAACCAGAUGACUAAAAAUGAAAUUCAGAGUGCUUGUCUGGAAGCACAAGAAGAUGAUUGUGAUGUACCAGUUCCCUCCCUGAAACUACCUUCAGCUGAGGGGGAAAGCAGAUCUUACCAGUCAUCAGAACUAUUUGUACCAUCAUGGGAGGUGGAUGGUUCAGAAUCUACAAGCGAGCUAAUUAAGCUUGGUGACACAGCCUAUUUGUUUUCUCUGAGAAAUGAAGAGUUGAUGGCUUCAAGAGAAAUUUCAAAGACAACUAUAGAACCCAAAGGACUUGCAACCAUUAGAGAGCCAUCUAGUGAUAGAAGGGCCCUUGCUACAGAAACUCAAGGAACAGAAAAGGCUGAGGAGCUUCCUCGAGUGCACAUGGCUUCCCACGCCAAAAAGCUUGGGGACCCGAUUCGCCCAGCAAUUCCUUUGCAGCCACCCUAUCAGCCUUUAGCACCUCAGCUGCCUUGCCUGGCGGGAAAAGGCAGUGGGAGUUCAGGCAGGCAUUCACCGUCCCCAGUGCUGCCACCGGAGAGACCGCCAGGCCCUGCGUCCUCUGAUCUCACCGAGUCCCCUGGGCAAGAGUCUGCACCCCCUUCAGAUGGCAUCCUUUCUCUAUCAAGGACCACUUCUCAUCUUCCAAGUGGAGAGGGUGAACCAGCAUCGGUGGCUGGCAUAUUUGAUGCACCUGUACCAGAACGAAGAACAGAUGAUGAAGCAGGAAAGGAAACAGACGAGAAUGUUCAUUAUACGCCAACUCCUUGUUUCGAGGACAGCCUGCCACGAUUUGCAUCUACACAAAGCACAAGACCUAAACAAAGGAUUCUGCUCACUGAAGAAAGCCAGAAUGAAAGCUCCCCCCUGACUAGUUCCCUUUCCGAAGAAGCAUUUCCCCUCGCAAGGGCAAAGGAAAGGCUGUCUCGCCAGGAGCUGAGUGAAAUGUCGGAGAAACUCUCGCGCAGGCUGAAUGAACUAGAUGCAAUGCUGAAGUAUGCUUUAGGUGAGCGAAACAAGGAGGAGUCACUGGCUGAUGAUGACCAGCUUUCUCAGCACAGCGAUAGCAUCAUGGAUUACCGCCGCAGGAAACCAGAACCAGCUACUCUGCACCACAGGAGAAAACCUGGCAGGCAACGGUCCCUUUCUACUUCCCCACCUCCGGCCAGUUACCAGCAAUCAUCUGAAUUGGGCAAUGGGCUCCAGAAGGAUGCAAGAGGGCCAGCAAGAAAAAUGCGCGAACGCUUGCAGAAGGAACAAGAAGAGAGGAACUUGAGAGCAAAGCUCUUGAUGAAAGCAUAUGAGGAUGAAUUAAGAGCGUAUGAAACCAGUGAACAACUUGAACUUGCAAAGCUAAAAGCAAAGGCCAAAGAAAUGGAACAAAAACACAAGCACUUAUUCAAGGAGCCUCCAAGAACCUCACAAGUGGCGCAUAUUUAUUCUCGAAAAAAUGUGCCUAGGAAUUCCAAACUCAGCCAGUGGAUUUCAAGGGGAGGCUUUGCAAAGCCAAAAAAAGCACCUCCAUUGAAGGUCAUGGAGAACGACCUCUUACCCCUGCUGCUUGAAGAAUUCCCUCACCUGCACGUUUCCCGCCCAGCUAUGAACAAGAUGUGGCGGCAACAGCUUGCCCAGAUCGAACAUCUGAAGUCUCCCAGUGACCGAGCCCGGAUGAAACUGCAAAGCGAAGUACUAGAAACGGUGAAGAAGCAUGACCUCCUUGUCGACCUUAUUAAGAAAGAUCAAGCUCAGAACAGGAGGCUGCAAGAGUUUAAGCAACGCAUUCAUCGACAGAGAUGUACUCAGAAUAAAAUAAGGGAAAGACGCCAGCAAAUUGCAAGAGCAAAAAAGUACUACCAGGAUUACAGAGUUCAGCUGCGGGCCAAGAUGAUGAGGGCCCGGACACGUGAGGAACGUAUAUUUAAAAACCUUUUUGAAGAAGGGUUGGAAAUUCAGAAGCAAAGAUUGCAUGAGUUGAGACUAUAUGCCAGAGACAAGCAGGCUGAACAAAAGAGACAACAUCAGCAGGAAUUAGAGUCCAUGGAAAACUACUAUAAGGAUCAGUUUUCAAUGCUGGCUGAAGCCGUUUCAGAACAACGCCAAGAAAUCCAAACCAGAGAAAGAGCACAUGCAAAAACAUUAAACAAAGUGAAACGUGAGCUGAGAUCAAAGAUGGAGAAAGAGAUUAAAGAGUUGCAAGACAUGAUCACGCACGAUGAUGAUGAUUCAUUCUUCCGAGAAUUGGAAGCUGAUCGCCUAAAAUCCAGACUUUUGGUGGCUUCUUUUCAAUAUAGCAAAAACUCCCAGUUCCUUUAAGUCUUGGCAUGCCUUUAUAAAUACUUGUGCAAUUUAUUUCUGGCAAAAACAUUUGAAAAAAAAUAUGGAGGUGGGGUGGACAGAACCUGAAGUGUGACAUUACUAGCUUGUUUUGCCACUCGAGUUUUGCUGCCCAGUAUCUAAAUGUUACAAUGUCAAGCAAAUAUUGAACUUUUUCUGAAGGAAAUUUUUAAUGUUUUUGUCAAAUAAAGAUUAGUUCCUAACAAA